AAUUUGAUAUUGACUGUUAUCUGUUAUGUUAUUUAAAAAAAAUCAAACCAUGUGUUUGUAAAUAAUUAGGAAUAUUGUUGAAAAAAAUAUAUUUCUAACAUGAAUCUUCUUCCUAAGACCCACAAGGAGUUCAGUGAGAAAGAUUACUGGAAUAAGUUUUUUAAGAAACGCGGUAAUAAAGCGUUUGAAUGGUAUGGUGAAUAUUUAGAACUGUGUGGACAUCUUCACAAAUAUAUAAAGCAAAAAGAUGCCGUACUUAUCACAGGUUGUGGUAAUUCCAGCCUUAGCGCCGAUCUUUAUGAUGUCGGUUACACAAAUAUAACAAACAUAGACGUAUCAGAGGUUGCUAUACGACAAAUGAAUACUACAAAUGCUGCACGAAGUAGUAUGAGAUUCUUACAUAUGGAUGCUUUAAAUAUGACCUUUGAAAAUGAUGUUUUUAAUGUGGUAUUAGAUAAAGGUACCUUAGACGCGUUAAUGCCGGAUGAUUCAAAAGAAACAAAUGAAAGGAUAGACAAGUAUUUCGCUGAAAUAAAGAGAGUUUUAAAGCUUGGUGGUCGCUUUUUGUGUAUAUCUCUGCUUCAAACACAUAUUUUAAACAAAUUAGUUAAGGAAUUCUGUGACAAGUCUUGGAUGUUCCGCAUUGUAAGAUGUCAUGAGGCGGAACAAAAAAACAAUGAGAACGGAGAUGGAAAUACUUUACCAGUGUUUGUUGUUGUUGCUACCAAGUUUAAGGAACUACCAAAAUUAAUAAUAGAGGUAUGCAUGGCUGGAGAGAAAAUGAUCAGACUGGAGACAUCACAAGAGUUACAGGAUUGUGUGAAAUCUGUUCAGGAUACAGCAUUUGUUACUAAUGGACUUGCUAGGACUAAUUUAGAUGAGGAUGAUGAGGUCUCACUGGACUUAAUGCAACCAGGGGAGGAGACACCUCGCUACACCCUGUAUGUGGUUGAUCAGAAGCGCUCGCAGGCCGCCAACAAGUAUGCAGUCUUUGUUGUGCCGCAGGGCAGGGAGUCAGAGUGGUUGUUCGGCACACCAGCUGGUAGACGGCAGCUGCAGCAGUCUGCUAAGUUCUCCCGGCUGGCGGUGGUGCUGCUGCGCCGAGGACAGGUCUACCACAGCCUCGACGCCGUUACCGACGAGCUCGCGCACUCUGCUAAGAUGUUAGCUCCUAACGGAUUCUCGGGGCAGAUACCGUUUCUGUCAGUGGGCAAGGAGGUGGGGCGGCGCGCGGCGGUGGCGGCGGGCAGCUCUGCGCUGUCGGGCGACUUCGUGGUGGAGGACGUGGACGUGGCGGGCAGCACGCACCGCCGCCUCGUCUUCCUCGACAACCAGUUCCUGGUGCAGUCGGAAGCUAGGCUGAAAACAGUAAAAAAGAAGAAUAAAACGCGUACAGUGGUAGACUUCGGUUUCAUAUCAACGUACCACGCUAUAAUGUGCGUGGGGGCGCAGCUGCGGGGCGGGGGGCGGGGCGGGGGGCGGGGCGCCGUGCUGGGGCUGGGCGGCGGCGGCCUCCUCAUGUUCCUCCGCAGCUGCGUCCACGACCUGCAGCUCACCGCCGUCGAGCUGGACCCCGCCAUGCUGGACGUCGCACACAAAUACUUCCACUUGCAACUUGACGACAGACUUCAAGUCCACAUCAAAGAUGGACUCGAUUUCUUGAAGGAUGAAGCGGAGAAAGGUGCGCAGUACUCGGUGGUGAUGUACGACAUGGACAGCAAGGAGCGGUCGCUCGGCCUCGCCUGCCCGCCGCCGGCCUUCCUGCAGCGCGCCGCGCUCGCCCGCCUCGCCGCGCUGCUCCAGCCGCACGGUCAUUUCAUACUAAACUUAGUAUGCAGAGAUGUGAAACUGCACGAUUCUAUAAUAAAUACGCUUAAAGAAUACUUUAAGCAUUUAGCUACGGUCAAAUUGUAUGAAGAAGUGAACGAGAUUGUGUUCGCUAGGAACAGCGCUCCGUACACGAUGGAGGAGCUGGAGACGGCAGCUAAAGAUCUGAAUGCGAGAGCGAGACAGAAGAACUUGGUGAAUAUAAAGUGUGUAGAUUUGAAGGACUUUUUGCAAUCAGUGACUAUAGUUUCCUGAGGUCCGGUGAGCCGGGGACUCUAAGAGUGAGAUUUCUUAAGUGUAAGAGAAGAAAUUAACGUAUUCAAUGAAACUGUUAUGUAACUGGAAGAUUUACUUUACUUAUAGUAAAUAGGUAUGUACCAAACCCUAACAAUAUUUACAUACCUUUGACUAAACUAUCGCACAAUAGGCAAUAUUCAUAUGACGCCAAAUUGUACCAAAC